GUUUAUCUUUUGAAAAACAAAUGACACUCAUAUGGACAACAAUGGUGUUAUGAAUCCCAUGGGACCAAAGCAUGUUAUUCCUUUCGUGUGACUGAAGUCUAACAGACAGUUUAUAGGAAUAUGGCAGAGAUUAAUCUGAAGGAAACUAGCAUUUUAUUAUGUGUCGUCGUAGCAUGCUAUUGGAACAGUCUGUACUGUGGCUUUGUUUUUGAUGAUGUUUCUGCAAUUUUGGAUAAUAAAGAUCUGCAUCCUUCAACACCAAUUAAAAAGGUCUUCCAAAAUGACUUCUGGGGGACUCCAAUGUCAGAGGAGAGAAGUCAUAAAUCGUACCGCCCCCUUACAGUCCUGACCUUUCGCCUGAACUAUUUGUUCGGUGAAUUAAAUGCAGUCUCUUACCAUCUUUUAAACCUGCUUCUCCAUGCUGUGGUGUGCGUGAUUUUCUUGAAGGUUUGCAAACUCUUCUUGGAUAACCAAACAAGCCUGAUUGCAGCUCUUUUGUUUGCUGUUCAUCCAAUACAUACAGAGGCUGUUACUGGAGUUGUUGGUAGAGCUGAACUUUUGUCCUCUAUAUUCCUACUUGCUGCAUUUCUAUCAUAUACCAAAUCUAAGGGCCCAGACAAUUCAAUAGUUUGGACUCCAAUUGUUGCUGCUGUGUUCCUUGUUGCGGUUGCAACUCUGUGUAAAGAGCAAGGAAUUACUGUUGUUGGGAUUUGUUGUGUCUAUGAAGUCUUCAUUGCACAAGGGUACACGUUACCUGUGUUGUGGGACACUGCUGUGCAGAUUUUGUUGGGUAAAGGAAGCAUACCAUACUCGCUACUUCAAACACUCCUUAAACUUGUUGUUCUGAUGUUCAGCACACUCCUCCUUGUUGUAGUCCGUGUUCAGGUCAUACAGUCACAGCUUCCGGUCUUCACAAGAUUUGAUAAUCCAGCUGCUGUCAGCUCAACACCUGCAAGACAGUUAACUUUUAAUUACCUGCUCCCUGUGAAUGCUUGGCUUCUCCUAAAUCCAUCUGAGCUGUGCUGUGAUUGGACAAUGGGAACUAUUCCACUGGUUGAAAGUUUCUUGGAUAUAAGGAACUUGGCUACCUUGGUAUUUUUUAUUCUUCUUGGCUCGUUGGUGGUUUUCAGUAUUAGAUACUCAGGUGAUUCAUCCAAGACUGUGCUUAUGGGAUUGUGCCUGCUGGUUUUGCCUUUCAUACCUGCCUCCAACCUCUUCUUCCCUGUCGGCUUUGUGGUCGCAGAGAGAGUAUUGUAUGUUCCUAGUAUGGGAUUCUGCAUGCUUUUUGCACAUGGCUGGAAGAAAUUAGCAAGCAAAAGUGGAUUGAGAAAGCUCUCCUGGAUAUUUUUAGCUCUGGUGCUCUUCACUCAUGCUGUAAAAACAUUCAACAGGAACUGGGACUGGGAAUCAGAAUAUACAUUGUUUAUGUCUGCUUUGAAGGUAAACAAAAAUAAUGCAAAGCUUUGGAAUAAUGUUGGCCAUGCACUGGAGAAUGAGAAGAAUUAUAUAAAGGCCCUCAGGUUCUUUAAGCAAGCCACACAUGUGCAACCAGAUGAUAUAGGUGCACAUAUGAAUGUGGGAAGAACAUACAAAAAUAUAAACAGAAGUAAAGAAGCUGAAGAGUCAUAUUUAAUUGCAAAGUCAUUAAUGCCACAGGUAAUACCGGGAAAGAAGUAUGCCGCACGUGUUGCACCUAAUCAUCUGAACGUGUACAUAAAUCUUGCAAACUUGAUCCGUGCAAAUGAGUCAAGGCUGGAAGAAGCUGAUCAGUUAUACCGACAAGCCAUCAGCAUGAGACCAGAUUUUAAACAGGCCUAUAUUAGCAGGGGAGAGUUACUGUUAAAAAUGAACAGACCUUUAGAAGCUAAAGAAGCCUAUAUCAAAGCUUUGGAACUUGAUGGGGCAAAUGCAGAUUUGUGGUACAACCUUGCUAUUGUUUAUAUUGAGUUGAAAGAUCCAAAUGAAGCAUUAAAGAACUUCAAUCAAGCACUAGAGCUGAAUCGGAGACAUAAGCUUGCCUUGUUUAACUCUGCUUUACUUAUGCAGGAAUCUGGGAAUCCUAAACUGAGACCAGAAGCCAAGAAAAGGCUUUUAACGUAUAUUGAGGAAGAGACAAAUGACGCAAAUGGGUAUUUCAAUUUGGGCAUGCUAGCGAUGGAUGAGAAAAAAGAUUUAGAAGCUGAAAAAUGGAUGAAGAGAGCAAUACAGUUACAACAUGGUUUCCGAAGUGCACUCUUUAACUUGGCUCUUCUCUACUCCCAGACUGCAAGAGAACUGGAGGCACUGCCUGUCCUGGAUGAGCUGCUUCGCCAUUACCCGGACCAUAUUAAAGGGCUUAUACUUAAAGGGGAUAUCCUCAUGAAUCAAAAGAAAGACAUCAAAGGAGCUAAGAAAUGCUUUGAAAAAAUAAUAGAAAUGGAUCCCAAAAAUGUCCAAGGGAAACACAAUCUUUGUGUGGUUUAUUUUGAGGAGAGGGAUCUCUUAAAAGCUGAAAGGUGCCUUGUUGAAACCUUAGCCUUAGCCCCCCGUGAGGAAUACAUUCAGCGCCAUCUCAGCAUAGUGCGAGGUAAAAUAAUGGCACUAAAUGCUGCUAGUGCUGGGCAGGCUGUGCCUGGAGCAACAGUUUCUCCUCAAUCGCCUGAAGGACAAAGGAGGGAGAACAGCGAGACAGGGGAAAAAAAAACUCCUUCUGAAAAAUUGAAAGAGGAAAGCAAUAUACCAAAAACGAGUCCACCAACAAAAAUAAGAAACAAAGGACCUGUGAAGACCAAAAGUCAUCAGGAGAAAAAUGCAGACAAAGAAGUAAAGCAGAAAUCAACAAAAGAAAUCAAAGACAUUGAAAAUAAAAGAGUUGCCGCUUUGAAGCGCUUAGAGGAAAUAGAGCGUAUACUGAGUGGAGAAUAACAUGAAGAACAUCUUUCAAACUUGGGGAGGGGUGUGGACAGAUGUAAUAAUACUUGUGUUAUUCACUCCAGAGCGCAGUAUACACCUGGGUAAGGAUGAAAGCAAGUUGAGUAAAUAACUGCAUAGGUAUCUCACACUACUGAACAAAGACUGGUUUUAAGGAUUUGUUGCUUACUUCAACCAAACUUUUAUAUUAUCCACCAGAAAAGC